AUGCCAGCUAAAAUGGCACGAAAGUCAGCACCGGGCAGCGCACAAAAGGGUCGCAAAACAGCUGCGACAGUUCCAGCAGACGGCUCCCCAAUCCAAGCGCGCAAAGCUCCAAAGGGCAAGAGACCCGCAAACACAGCUGCCGAUGUCCAACCAGGCGACCCAACCCCUACAGGCCGCCGCCGCCGAUACAGACCAGGCACAAAAGCCCUUAAAGAAAUCCGCCAAUACCAACGCGGCUACGAUCUCCUCAUCGCCAAACUUCCUUUCGCACGCUUAGUUCGCGAAGUAGCCCUCGACCUCCUCCCCGCCGACGUUGGUGCCGAAUUGCGCUGGCAGUCGCAUGCCAUUCAAGCGCUGCAAGAAGCCGCCGAGGCAUUCCUUGUUCAUCUCUUCGAGGACACAAAUCUUUGCGCGAUACAUGCUAAGCGUGUCACUAUCAUGCAGAAGGAUAUUCAGCUUGCGAGGAGAAUUCGCGGGGUUUGGGGAGGGCUAGGGUGA